AUGUGUGAGCAGGCAGCGCGCUACUGCAGGGACGGAGUCCACAAACUGCUCAACAAAGAACAAGCCAAACUCCGGGCCCAGGACAGCCGAGAGCAGCCCAAACCCGUGGCCGGUCAGGACAGCGAGUCCGCGACGGCAGCGCAGUCCGGAAACAGCGGCGCCCAGCCCGGUGGAAUCGACGGGCUCGUCCGCUGGAUCGUCACCAAAAUGAGCGACAACAAGAACAUCUCCAGCCGGGAGUACGCAGGCAGCAAGGAGGAGGUGGCCGUGGCUCAGGAGCAGUUCUUCGCUCCCGAACCGCGGAAAGGCAUCUCCGUAAUUUUGGAUAUAUUCCGGAGAGCCGACAAAGACGAUGACGGCAAGUUGUCUCUGGAUGAGUUCCAGGCUUUUUUCUCAGAUGGCACACUGAACGAAGAAGAGCUGGAAAAGCUGUUUCACACCAUCGACUCUGAUAACACCAGUAAUGUUGACACUAAGGAACUGUGUGACUACUUUGCUAAGCACAUGGGGGAUUACGAGGGAGUCCUGGCCUCGUUGGAGACUCUCAACCUUUCCAUCCUCAAAGCCAUGGACUUCACUAAGAAGGUAUAUGAGAGAGGAACCAAUGUGGAGCAAUUUGUGACCCGCUUUCUGCUGAAGGAGUCUGCCAAUCAGAUCCAGUCCCUUCUGAACUCUGUGGAGAGUGCCGUGGAUGCGAUUGACGAGCAGCACAGCCAAUCAGGUCACUGCCCUGCCAAGGUGAGUCCACGGAUGUCAGAGAAGCGCUAUGACAACACCGUCCCUGACUAUCCCCCUAACAACAGAGUCAGUACUCGGGAGGCUGUCAGGACCCUCAACACUGCUUCAGGUGUGGUGGAGGUGAGGAAAGAAGGGCUGGAAGCUCAGAUCAACCGUCUGGCUGAACUUAUUGGGCGACUGGAAAAUAAGACGGUCUGGUUUGAUCUGCACCAGAGGCUAACAGACACAGAUGGCACCACCAGCGCAUCCUUGUUACUGAUUCGUCAGGAGAUGGUGGUUUCUCAGAAGAAGCUGGGAGACUUUUGCGAGGCUCUGAAGCAGUACCUGAAGAAUGUCUCUGCUCAGAGAGACUGCUUCCAUGUGACUGCGGUGCGUCUGCCAGAUGGUCUAUCCUUUGUGGUCUAUGAGUUCUGGGAUGGGGAGGAGGAGUGGAAGAGGCACCUCCAGUCGGCCCCCACCAAAGCCUUUCAGCAUGUGAAGGUGGACACACUGUGCCAGCCGGAGGCUGUUUCUACUGUAGCCGUGCCAGCCGCUUGGUGCAGUCUGAACAGGGACUGAGCAUGAAGAUGUUCAACCACAUGCCACGACUCC